UUAUAGUGUCCUUAUCACCCCACCACCACCUCUCCACAUACAUCCUACCCAUCAGUCUCGCCCUCUUUCUCUCUCUCUCUCUCUCUAUCUUCUCUCUCUACACAGUCGCACACACUCAAUUCAAGUCCACCACUUCUGACGCUGAUACACAAGAUCACCGGUGCGGAAUGGCGGGAAAUGAUUGGAUUAACAGUUACCUCGAAGCAAUCCUCGACGUCGGCCCCGGACUCGACGAAGCGAAAUCGUCGCUGCUGCUGCGGGAGAGGGGGAGGUUCAGCCCGACCCGAUACUUCGUCGAGGAGGUCAUUACCGGAUUCGAUGAGACCGAUCUCCACCGCUCCUGGGUCCGAGCGCAAGCGACGAAGAGUCCUCAGGAGAGGAACACGAGGCUGGAGAACAUGUGCUGGCGGAUUUGGAAUUUGGCUCGCCAAAAAAAGCAGCUUGAGGGAGAGGAAGCCCAAAGGAUGGCUAAACGCCGUCUCGAACGUGAAAGAGGUCGCAGAGAAGCAGUUGCUGACAUGUCCGAGGAUUUAUCCGAGGGUGAAAAGGGAGACUUAGUUAGUGACCUUUCAACUCUCGGUGAAAGUACCAGAGGUCGUUUGGCAAGAAUUAGUUCUGUUGACGCUAUGGAGGCUUGGGCUGGUCAACAAAAGGGAAAAAAGUUGUACAUUGUAUUAAUUAGCGUUCAUGGUUUAAUACGUGGAGAGAACAUGGAGCUUGGCCGCGAUUCUGAUACCGGUGGUCAGGUGAAGUAUGUAGUUGAACUGGCAAGGGCAUUAGCUUCUAUGCCAGGUGUAUAUCGUGUUGACUUACUUACAAGACAAGUAUCUUCACCCGAAGUCGACUGGAGCUAUGGUGAACCCACAGAGAUGCUGAAUCCACUAAAUUCAGAAGGGCCGAUGGAUGAUAUGGGAGAAAGCAGCGGUGCAUAUAUAGUUCGUAUUCCGUUUGGGCCAAAAGAUAAAUAUAUCCCAAAAGAACUUUUGUGGCCCCAUAUACCUGAAUUUGUAGAUGGUGCUCUUAGCCACGUUAUACAAAUGUCAAAAGUUCUUGGUGAGCAAAUUGGUGACGGAAAUCCAGUGUGGCCCGUCGCUAUUCAUGGGCAUUAUGCAGAUGCGGGUGACUCAGCAGCUCUGUUAUCUGGUGCGCUGAAUGUUCCCAUGAUUUUCACUGGUCAUUCAUUGGGUCGUGACAAGCUUGAACAGCUUAUGAGACAAGCCAGACAAACGAGGGACGAGAUUAAUUCUACGUACAAGAUAAUGCGUAGGAUUGAGGCGGAGGAAUUAACCCUCGAUGCAUCGGAGAUGGUAAUUACCAGCACAAGGCAGGAGAUAGAUGCGCAGUGGCGUUUGUAUGAUGGUUUUGAUCCGAUACUAGAGCGUAAACUGCGGGCUAGGAUAAGGCGUAACGUCAGCUGUUAUGGAAGGUCAAUGCCCCGGAUGGUUGUAAUUCCACCUGGAAUGGAAUUUCAUCACAUUAUUCCGCAUGAGGGAGACAUGGAUGCUGAAACUGAAGCAAACGAAGAUGGAAAGUCUCCGGAUCCAACUAUUUGGACUGAGAUAAUGCGUUUCUUUUCAAAUCCAAGGAAGCCCAUGAUUCUUGCACUUGCCAGGCCUGAUCCAAAGAAGAACCUCACAACCUUGGUUACAGCAUUUGGAGAAUGUCGACCACUAAGAGAGCUUGCAAAUCUCACCUUGAUAAUGGGCAACAGAGAUAAUAUUGAUGAAAUGUCGGGAACAAAUGCUUCACUUCUUCUAUCAAUCCUUAAGCUGAUCGAUAAGUACGAUCUCUAUGGUCAAGUGGCAUAUCCUAAACAUCACAAGCAAUCUGAUGUUCCUGAAAUAUACCGUCUAGCAGCAAAGACUAAGGGUGUUUUCAUAAACCCAGCUUUCAUCGAGCCUUUUGGGCUUACUCUAAUCGAGGCUGCAGCCUAUGGUCUGCCAAUGGUUGCAACACAAAAUGGUGGCCCUGUUGACAUACACAGGGUUCUAGACAAUGGUCUUCUUGUUGAUCCACACAGUCAGCAGUCCAUAGCUGAAGCUCUUUUGAAGCUAGUUGCAGAUAAGCAUCUCUGGGCUAAAUGUAGAUCAAAUGGAUUGAAAAACAUUCACCUCUUUUCAUGGCCCGAACAUUGUAAAACAUAUCUCUCCAAAAUAGCAGGUUGCAAACCAAGGCAACCUCGUUGGUUGAGAAAUGACGAUGAUGACGAAAAUUCAGAAUCAGAUUCACCAAGUGACUCAUUGCGUGACAUACAAGAUAUAUCUUUGAAUCUGAAAUUCUCCUUUGAAGGAGAUAAGAGUGAGGGCAGAGACAUCGACGGUUCCCUAGAUUCCGAAGAUCAAAAAACUAAGCUCGAAAAUGCCAUGCAGACGUGGUCAAAGGGUGUCGCAAAGACUCCACAGAGAUCUGGUUCUAUCGAAAAAGGAGACAAGUUCCCAGCUUUGAGGAGGAGAAAGCACAUAUUUGUAAUUGCUGUUGAUGCUGAUCCAAGUAACGGUCUCUCUGAAAGUGUUAGAAAGAUUUUCGAGGCUGUGGAGAAGGAACGAUGCGAAGGCUCGAUUGGGUUUAUAUUGGCUACGUCUUUUAACAUUACGCAAAUGCGUUCGUUUUUGGUUGGAGAAAAGUUGAGCCCGACUGACUUUGAUGCGUUUAUUUGCAAUAGCGGGGGUGAUCUUUAUUACUCGUCUCUUCAUCAAGAAGACAACCCGUUUGUGGGUGACUUGUAUUAUCAUUCACAUAUUGAAUACCGAUGGGGAGGUGAAGGUUUGAGGAAGACGUUAUUGCGGUGGGCGGCUUCUACUGUAAAAAACGAAGAACACAUUGUUGUUGAAGAUGAAGAGACUUCAGCUGACUACUGCUAUUCUUUUAAAGUUCAGAAACCUGGAGCGAUUCCUCCUGUAAAGGAACUAAGAAAGUCGAUGAGAAUUCAGGCACUACGCUGUCAUGUUGUACAUUGUGAAAGUGGAAAUAAGAUCAAUGUUAUUCCAGUUCUGGCUUCUCGUUCCCAAGCCCUCAGGUAUCUGUAUCUACGGUGGGGAAUGGAUUUGACGAAGGUGGUUGUUUUUGUUGGAGAAAGUGGAGACACUGACUACGAAGGACUGAUUGGCGGUGUUCACAAGUCUGUAGUGCUGACCGGAGUUUGCAGCAGUGCUAGCAGUCAACUCCAUGCUAAUAGAACCUAUCCACUUACGGAUGUUGUAUCUUACGACAGCCCUAAUAUUGCCAAAACUUGUGAAGGUUUUAGCAGCUCCGAUAUCCGAGCGUCGUUGGAAGGGCUACAGGUUCUCAAGGGCUAAAUAUUUUUCACAUAUCUUACCACCACUCUACCCCUGUACACACAAAUAUACUAAUAAUAAUAAAGUAUGUCAUUUUCUUGUUCCGUAAGUCGUACUUUUUACUAAAUUGCGGACGCUUGUAAUUUGGCACCUUUUUUAUGGUGUUACAGACCUUUAAGAUGAGACCAUUUUAUUUUUUUUGUUUUUGGCGGACAUUGAAACAGAAAAGAAAGCAGUACAAUAUGCUCGUCUGUUACUUAAUACAAGAUGUAAUGGUAGUACAGUCAUUAAAAUUUCUUGUUCAAUUAAACUUGGUUUGGGCGGGAUGAGUGAGAAAUUAUAUGUGGGAUAUAGUAUCCUUGGGCC